AUGGACCACGAGAACCUGCUCCCUCUGAGGGGCUACUACUACAGCAAAGACGAGAAGUUGCUCUUGUACGAUUACAUGCCCCUGGGAAGCUUGUCGGACCAAUUGCAUUUUGAAUACGAUGAAUGGCGACGGCCUUCCCUGAGCUGGGAAGUCAGGCUUUCGAUUGCCCUCGGAGCUGCCCGGGCCAUCGAGCACCUGCACGCCCAACGUCGUCCCAAUGACCACCACGGGAACAUCAAGUCAUCCAACGUCCUCCUCACGCCGUCCUACGAGCCCCGGGUCUCCGAUUGCGGCCUUGCCCUCCUCACAAGGUCUUCCCUGUCGGGUGGGCCCCACCCAGCAAUGGCGGAUGUGUACGGCUUCGGGGUGUUUCUUCUGGAGCUCCUGACCGGGAAGCGGCACACCCAGCCCCGCCUAUGGGAGGAAUGUGUAGAUCUUCCUGCGUGGGUCCAGUCAGUUGCUCGUGAGGAGGGGACUGCUCAAGUUCUUGAUGUGGAGCUGGCCACGAGACAUGACGACGUCGUCCAGGGGCUGAUUGAGCUCUUGGACGUGGCGAUGAGAUGUGUAUCCUCUAAUCCGUAUGGGCGCCCUUGGAUGUCUGACGUACGGAAAAAGAUCGAGUAUGUUUUGAGGAACAAGCUGGUGUUGUUGGGGAACCCCAUGAAUAAGUUCAAUUUGGAGGAUGUUUUGAGGGCCAGUAAGCAGGAAUUGGGGAAAGGGACAUUUGGGACGACUUACAAGGCUGAUCUCAAGGAUCGCACAACCACAGUGAUCUUGAAGAUGCUCAAGAAUGUGGUCUUGUCGGCUGAGGAUUUCCGGGACAAGGUUGAAGCUAUCAGUGUGAUGGACCAUGAGAACCUGCUCCCUCUGAGAGGCUACUUCUACAGCAAGGACAUGAAGUUCCUCUUGUACGAUUGCAUUCCCUUGGGAAGCUUGUUGGACCGAUUGCAUCCAUGUAGUCGAUGGAAAGGAACUGCCCUGAGCUGGGAAGUCAGGCUUUCGAUUGCACUUGGAGUUGCCCGGGCCAUUGAGCACCUGCACGCUCAGGAUAACCAGCACGGGAACAUCAGCUCGUCCAAAGUACUCCUCAUGCCAUCCUACGAGGUCCGGGUCUCCGGCUACGGCCUCACCCUCCUCACAAUGCCUGUCUCGGAGGGCAAGGCCGAACUGAGGAUGGCGGAUGUGUAUGGCUUCGGGGAGUUGCUUCUGGAGCUCCUGAUCGGGAAGCAGCGCACCCGAGUUCUCCUCAAGGAGCAAGGUCAAGGUCUAGAUCUUCCUAGGUGGAUCCAGGACGUUCUUCGAGAUGAGAGGUUUGCUGAUGUUUUCGAUGUGGAGCUCAUGAGGUACCAGCACAUUGAGGGGGGGCUGGUUAAGCUGUUGGAGAUGGCGAUCAGUUGUGUAUCCCCGAAUUUGUAUGAGCGCCCUCGGAUGUCUGAAGUGAGGAGCAAGAUUGAGCAAUUGUGUAGUCCUGGGGGACAGCGAGAUGCAUCAUCUUCUCUUAGUCCCAGUUCACAGGUAGACAGGGACUUGCAGCUCAACCAAUUCAGCCAAGUGAACAAUGAGAUACAUCCUCGGAAACCACCAGAUGGGGUUCUGGAAGUUUCUGAAAGAGUUUAUGGUGAUAGCACAGAAUCUGUGUGGGGGGAAGAAAUAGCAGCUGUGACAGAAUCAAACGUUGGGGUGACUUCUGUCAGUGACUCAGCAUCUUCGUCGGCUGUCAAUAGUGGCAGUGUGGAAGCUACUGCUUCUGGUGUCUCCGGCUCAGCGCAAUUCCCUGAUAUGAUGCUGCCAAAACAGGAAAAACUAUACCAGCAGAAUGGCUCACCAUCAUCAGCCUCCAUGUCUUCUGGAUAUGACUACGAUGUCUUCCUGAGUUUCAGAGGGCCAGAUACUCGCUCAGGCAUUACAGAUUUCCUCCAUACCAGCUUGUUAGCUGCUGGAAUUCACACAUUUAAAGAUGAUGAAGAGCUCCGAGUCGGAGAGGAGUUUGGUCCUGAGUUGCUCAAAGCGGUCAGCCAAUCAAAAGUUGCAAUUCCCAUCCUUUCUAAGGGCUAUGCCUCUAGUAAAUGGUGUCUUAAUGAGUUGGUCCAAAUGAUGGAGUGUAGUAUAACCCGGAGACAGAAGGUUAUGCCCAUUUUUUAUGACGUUAGUCCAGCGGAGGUCCGUCAUCAAAUUGGGUCUUAUGAAGGAGCCUUUCUUUCGCACGAGGAUAAAUUUGGUGCGAACGUCAGUAAAUGGAAAGCUGCUCUCGACCACAUUGCCAAUCUAAACGGAUGGGACAAUUCGAAGAAGAACAGAGGUGAAGGAGAACUGGUAGACGAGAUUGUCCAGGAGGUUAUAAAAGAGUUGAAAACAGCUUAACUACUGGUGACUGAUUGCUUGGUAGGAGUCGAAAAUCAUGUGAAGGAAAUCGAUACCAUGAUGUGUGGCGAUUCAGAGGAUAUAAGAAUUCUCGGAAUCCAUGGUAUGGGGGGUGUAGGAAAGACUACUCUUGCCAAAAUCAUCUACAACCGGCUGUCACAUCAUUUUGAAGCUUGUUGCUUCCUUUCUAACAUCAGGGGAACUUCAGAGCAAAAGGGCAUCGAAGGUUUGCAGAAUCAGCUAAUCUCUAACAUUCUCAAAAAGCAGUGGUCAAACAUUAGCAAUGUUGAGGAGGGAAAGAAGAUAAUAAAAGAAAGGUUAUGCGGCAAAAAGGUUCUGGUGCUACUUGAUGAUGUUGAUCAAAUGACUCAUUGGGAUGCACUAAUAGGAAAACCUGCAUGGUUCGGUUUAGGAAGUAAGAUUAUCAUAACUAGUAGAAAUAGAGACAUUAUUGAUGUUCCUAAGGUUUGGCAUCCAUAUGAGCUUAUGGGCCUGAAUUUCAACCAAUCUCUUCAACUUUUUUGCAAACAUGCUUUUGGAAGAGAUUACCCUUCGGACGACUAUGUUGCUUUCUCCACAGAAGUGGUCAAAAGUACCGGAGGUCUUCCUCUUGCUCUUGAGGCUAUAGGUAAACUACUUCUAUGCCGAAGCAAAGAUGUUUGGGAUGUGAUGCUGAAGAAGUUGAAAGAAGUUCCUCUCAACGAAGUAAAACGGAAGUUGAAAAUAAGUUAUGAUGCAUUGGAUGAUUGGCAAAAGCAUAUCUUUCUUGAUAUAGCCUGCCUUUUCACUGGAUUUGAUCAUAGGAUAGUGCUCCACUCUUGGAAAGAUUCCAAUCUCUAUCCAGAGGAAGGUCUUGAGGUCCUUCAGAAAAUGUCUUUGAUAAAAAUC